AUGCCUAGGUCUCGAAGCCUUAGGCCAGUAAGCGCGGCAAGCGAACUAUCUGUUGAGGAGGGCUACGGACUCGUCGACGGCGAUGACAUGUGUGGGCGCAAAUGGGUACGUCAACAAGGGGCUGUAAAUGAGCCGAGUGGAGGCACAAUUAAAAUCGCGGCCACCAAGCUCUCUGUAGAUGUUGCAAAGGCCAUAAGAGACUUUGCAAGCUCCAAAGACAAGAAAUCUCUAGUCCCCGAAACAAGAUCAGGGCAUAGUCAGGUACAAAUAGACGCAGAGUCGGACUGGCAGCCAAGACAGCACGCUUUCACCGCGAUCAACACGCUUGCGACACCGAAUUUGCACACUGUCAAAUCCACCAAGGCUGAAGGUAAAUGUGGUGGAAGUCUGAUAGCAUUUGAGGGCCUACACAGCAAGGAAACAGACAAGGUGAAAGCGCCAAAAUACCGGAGCAGCUUCGCUCACCGCGCUGCAAACAAAGACAGACGUAUGGCAAACGAGACAGGUAGCAGAAGAAAUCAUGGGGCACACAGAAAUUCACAAGCAAAGGAUGAAGAUUCAAAAACUAGAGUCUCUCUUGGCAAGCAGAACGAAGGCUAA